AUGCAGGCAGCGCUAAGCGAGGCCUUCCACAAAGUCAGCCCACGAAUUUUCCCUCCUUCUUCCUUUGCAGCCAACGUCGACAACUCGCCUUUCCACAAGCAGGUCAAGAACAGCGCUUACUACAGCCGCUACCAGACUAAGUACCGUCGUCGCCGUGAGGGUAAGACCGACUACUAUGCUCGUAAGCGCUUGAUCACCCAGGCCAAGAACAAGUACAACGCCCCCAAGUACCGCCUGGUCGUCCGCUUCACCAACCGUGACGUCAUCUGCCAGAUCGUCUACUCCGAGAUCUCCGGUGACAAGGUUUUCGCCGCUGCCUACUCCCACGAGCUCAAGCGCUAUGGCAUCACCAACGGUCUGACCAACUGGGCUGCCGCCUACGCCACCGGUCUCCUUGUCGGUCGCCGUGCCCUCAAGAAGCUCAACCUCGACGAGACCUUCACUGGUGUUGAGGAGGCUGACGGAGAGUACACUCUCACCGAGGCCGCUGAGACCGAUGAUGGCGAGCGCCGCCCCUUCAAGGUCGUCCUCGACGUCGGUCUUGCCCGUACCUCCACCGGUGCCCGUGUCUUCGGUGCCAUGAAGGGCUGCUCUGACGCUGGUGUCCUCGUCCCCCACUCCGAGUCCCGCUUCCCCGGUUUCGACAUCGAGUCCGAGGAGCUCGACGCUGAGACUCUCCGCAACUACAUCUUCGGCGGUCACGUCGCUGAGUACAUGGAGGGUCUCGCCGACGACGACGAGGAGCGCUUCCGUGGCCAGUUCCACAAGUACACCGAGGCUGGCAUCGAGGCCGGUGACAUCGAGGACCUCUACACUGAGGCCCACAAGGCCAUCCGCGAGGAUCCCUUCAAGAAGGACGAGGAUGCCGACUCCAAGAAGACCAAGGAGGAGUGGAAGGCCGAGAGCAAGAAGUUCCGCAAGGUCCGCCUCACCCACGACGAGCGCAAGGCCCGCGUCGAGCAGAAGAUCCGCGAGCUUGCCGCUUAA